AUGGAAAAUCAUUACGAAGUUAUUAUUAUAGGCGGAAGUGCUGCAGGGUUGGCUGCAACUUUGGCAAUUGCACGUACAAUGAAGACUGUUUUAUGUAUAGAUUCUGGUGCCCCUUGCAACAAGUUUUCCGAUCAUAUGCACAAUUUUAUAGGUCACGACGGGGACUCGCCGGUUGAAUUCAGAUCCCAAGCUAAAGAUAAUUUACUGAAGUACAAGACAGUUAGAUUGGUAGAAGGUAAAGUGAUAAAAGUUAAUAAGGCCAAAACAGAGUUUCAAAUUACUGCAACUGUGCGUAACACUGAAAAGCUUUAUGUGGGUAAGAAAAUCAUUUUUGCAUCUGGGGUUAAUGAUUUGAUUAAUGAUGUCAAUAUUAAAGAUAUAGAGAAGUUUUGGGGUAAAUCUGCUUUGCACUGUCCCUAUUGCCAUGGUUAUGAAGUUGCAAACAGGGCGACCGGACUCAUAUUUGAUAAUUCUCGUUUAAUGGAUAUGGCCUCAAUGAUAUAUAACUGGACGAAAAAUAUAACAGUAUUAACGAAUGGCACUAAAAUAUCUUCUAUUUGCUCUGAAUCAGAACAAAAUGAAUUGAAAAGAAAAAAUAUUGAGAUCAUAGAUAAGGUUAUUACAGAAUUCGUCGGUGAGUCAGGAAACCUAGAGACUGUAAGAUUUUCUGAUGGAUCAACAAUUUCAUUGGAUUGUGUUUAUAUUCAUCCGCCCUUUAAAUUAAAUUGUGAAGAUAUUUUAAAUAAGUUGCAAGUAAACAUAGAUGAAACGAGGUUGAUAAAAGUAGAUGGGUUUCAAAGAACAAAUAUUGAAGGCGUAUACGCUUGCGGCGACUGUACUACGUAUUUCAGAGCAGUUUCUAAUGCUGUUAGCCAAGGAAACAUUGCAGGUGCGAUGUGUACGAAGGAGUUAUUCCAAAAUUCGUGGUAUGAGUAA